AUGCAUCAACCUGUUUCAGUUUGGAAAAGUUUUUUCAUAAUGUCUCUACUAUACCUCGUUCUAAUUCUUCACACUUUAACCACUUUGAGCUCAGCUUCAGCCACUGAAUUUGUCUACAACACAAACUUCAGCAACAAAAAUAUCACCUUAUUUGGAAAUGCCAGUAUUCAGUCCUCCAUUCUCACUCUUACAAACCAGAGUUUCUUCACCAUUGGCCGUGCUUUUUACCCUCACAGAAUACGAACCAAACGAGCCAACUCGUCCACCCUUCUCCCCUUUGCAACCUCCUUUAUAUUCUCUCUUGCCCCCUUCAAAAACUUUGAUGCUGGCCCUGGUUUUGCUUUCUUGUUCACACCAUCAAGAGGUCUAAAUGGCACAACCUCAAGUCAGUAUCUUGGUCUCUUCAAUCUCAGCAAUGAAGGCAAUCCACAGAACCAUGUUCUUGGAGUUGAGUUUGACACUAUUAGAAAUGGAGAAGUAUUUCAAGACAUAAAUGACAACCAUGUUGGUGUUGACAUAAACUCACUUGUUUCCUCGGUUGCACAUGAAGCAGGCUAUUGGGGUGGGAAAGAUGAUAAGGAAUUCAAGGUGUUGAAGAUAAGCAGUGGGGAGAAUUAUCAAGUAUGGAUUGAGUUCAACCACUCACAGUUCAAUAUUACUAUGGCUAAGGCAGGAGAAACGCGGCCUCGAGUGCCUCUAAUCAGUUCGAAUGUUAAUCUUUCUGAGGUUCUUGUGGAAGAAAUGUAUGUUGGUUUCAGUGCUUCAACAGGGAGGGCAAUAGAUAGUACUAAAAUACUUGCUUGGAGUUUUAGCAAUUCAAAUUUUUCAAUUGGUGAUGCUUUAGUCACUGAUAAUUUGCCUUCAUUUGUCUUUCAUAAAAAGUGGUUUUCUGGAUCAGGAGCUAUAAUUGUUGGAGUCUUCAUUACUACAAUUAUUGGUGCUGGGUUUGUGUUGUUGAUUUUCUGUAGGGAAAACAAGGCAGAUGAAGAACUUGAAGAAUGGGAAUUGGAGUACUGGCCCCAUAGGAUUAGUUUCCAUGAGAUUGAUGCAGCAACAAGGGGGUUCUCUGAACAGAAUGUUGUUGGUAAUGGAGCGAACGGGAAGGUAUAUAAAGGGAUCUUGCAAGGUGAAGAAGUUGCAGUGAAGAGAAUCCCUCAAGAAGGAGAAGGGAUGAGAGAGUUCUUGGCUGAGCUCUCAAGUCUAGGAAGAAUGAGGCAUAAAAAUUUGGUGGGGUUGAAAGGCUGGUGCAAGAAAGAGAAGGGAAACUUGAUUCUUGUUUACGACUUCAUGAACAAUGGAAGUUUAGACCAAAGAAUCUUCGAGUGCGAAGAGAGAAUGAUGCUAGGGUGGAAAGAGAGGAUUGAGGUUUUGAAAGAUGUGGCCGCAGGGAUUCUUUACCUGCAUGAGGGUUGGGAAGUUAAGGUCUUGCACAGGGACAUCAAAGCGAGCAAUGUUCUACUGGACAAGGACAUGAAUGCUAGGUUGGGAGAUUUCGGAUUGGCACGAAUGCACAAUCAUCAAGGAGAAGUCGCCGCGACAACUAGAGUGUUAGGCACAGUAGGAUACAUAGCUCCUGAAGUAAUUAGAACAGGAAGGGUAUCAACUCAAUCUGAUGUGUAUGGUUUCGGAAUCUUGGCAUUGGAAGUGCUUUGUGGCAGAAGGCCUAUUGAAGAACACAAGCCAGGGUUACUUGAAUGGUUGAUGUCCCUAUCAGUGGCUGAUCAGUUGCACAGUGCUGUAGAUGAGAGGUUAAAAGCUAAAGGGGGAUACUCUAUUGAGGAAGCUGAGAAAUUGCUUCAUUUGGGUUUGCUUUGUUCAAAUUCAGACCCUAAUAUGAGACCAAUGAUGAGGCAAGUUGUGAAAAUGCUGGAGGGGGAAAUGGAAGGUGUUGAGUCUAAUGAAGAAAGUGCAGAGAUGGGUUUACUUGCAAAAAUAAAAUCAGCAGCAAUGUGGUCUAGAAGUGAGUGUACCUUUCCUCAUAAUGAUUAUCCAACCAUGGAUGAGGUAAGGAUGUUCAAUUCUAGUUCUAUGAUGUUCAGUUCUAGUUCUAUGAUACAACAUACAAGUGACAACAGUGCCAUUCUAGAAGGCAGAUAAAGUUUAGGUUCAAAGUUGUUGCCGUCUUUAGAAGUGUCUCAAUGCAUGUGAUUAGAUAACCUCCAAAGGAGGACUCUUUAUUAAGUCCUAUUUAUAAAAGUAGCUUUUUCUAUUAUUCAUUUGCCAAUCCUUAUUAUUGUUCAUUGACUUAGAAGAA